GCUCGUCGUACACCUAUGCGCGCUGCUCCAUUUCGAUCCGAUCUCGCGCUCUCGAACCGAUUUUUUUGUUUUGUCUCUUCGCAAGUGUCAUUUUUUACGAAUCCUCUGUCAAUGCUUAUAUAAUAUAUAUAUAUAUAUACCAAUGUUGUCAUAAAAAAAAAACUAACUUUUUACAAGUAUAAUAGUUUAAUAGUAUUAGAAGGAGAAUAUAUUAUAAGAGACGAUAAAAUAAAAAGAUGAGCAUCAGCGACGAGGUGACGAUUCGAGAGGCACGUCGGGAGGACUGUCAGGCCAUUAUCAACUUGUCGAAGGAAAUCGCCAACUUCCACAAGCACUUCAACGCACCCCAGAUCGACGUCAAAGUUUUGGAGCACGACACGUUCGACGUGGAAAAUCCAAACAUGGGCUUCUAUGUGGCCGUGAUGAACGACAACGUCAUUGGUUACGGUCAUUACUAUUACACGUACACCUUGAGACUCGGGAGAAACAUGUGCCUGCAGGACCUCUACGUGCAAGAGAAAUUUCGAAAUCGGCGCAUCGGUGACAAGCUCAUGCAGGCCAUUGCUCAUAAAGCGAUCGAGCAGAAUAUCGGCAAGAUGGAGUUUGUCGUCACGGAUUGGAACCCGGCCAAAUCGUUUUACAAGCGCAUGGGAGCGCUCGACAUUACCGAGAGCGAGGCUUUCCACGUCUAUCAACUCGAUCGAAGCUCCAUACAGAAGAUUGCCUCCCCCGAUACAUGACAAAUCCGUCCCAUCGUCAACCGAUCGCGGCUACGUUUUGUCCUCGCCUCUUAUCUGUACGCCGAUUUUUGUUAAGCGCAUAGUACAUCGUCGUUGCCGCACGUGAUUUUCAUCAUGAGUUUAACGGCUAAUCACUCCCGUGUUAAAUAAGUUGGCGUUUUUUAAUUUAAUUAAAAAUGUCUGUUUCUGCAAACAAAAAAACAAAAAAAAAAAAAAAAAGAUAUUGGCAUAGUAUAUACUAUUAUUCCCGUACAUUUUGAGAUGCUGUAUACCUUAUUCACGUAAGACUGAUCAAGAUCGUUAUGUAACUUUUCGUGUGCUCUUUUGAUGCAACCACAAUAAUUAGGCAAAGGAAUACUAUUUAAUAUCUUUCAUCUAAUUUUUUGCCAUUUUAUUGAAGGUAUUUUGGCUGUUUAUUAAUUUAUCCUGCUGUACUUAUUUAAAACAGGGGUACUCGCUUUUGAGUGCCAAUAUUGCAAACUUUGUUGACGUGUAAUUGUGUAAUUUUGUAUGUAGAUUUCUUUUUUUCCAAGGUAGUUAUGAUUUUUGGAAUAAAUCCUAUUUUGGUAUAAUGUAUUAUUUGUUAAAGUAUUAAAGAAACGGGUUUUUGAAUGAAAA